AACGAAUGCAUGCGACAGUCAGAGGUUUACCUUCAGUGCGACCACAUGUGCAUCAACACUGUCGGCACCUACCGUUGUGAGUGCAACUCGGGCUACACACUUGACGCUGACGGACACGGCUGUACUGAUAUUGAUGAGUGUUCCAUGUCCCGCACCCAAGACUGUCACCAUAAGUGCGUGAACACACCCGGCAGCUAUAGGUGUGAAUGCUAUCCCGGGCACAGCCUUCUAUCAGACGGAAAAGAAUGCAGUGAUGACGACGAAUGCCUUAGGAUGGAUAUCCAAUGCGAGCAGAUCUGCACAAAUGUACACGGAUCCUUCCGGUGCGACUGCGAAAUGGGAUACCAAUCGUCUCCUCCGCAUGACUGUCGAGACAUAGACGAAUGUGACGAGCUUAAUCUUCUCGAUGACUGUGAUCAGAUCUGUAUCAACGCCGUGGGCACAUUCUACUGUUCGUGUAAUGCAGGCUACGAGCUUGGAAUGGAUGGCAAGACAUGCAUUGAUGUUGACGAGUGCGCUCCGCCCAUGAACUGUGAUGUGAUCAAAAUCUGUGAAAGCGGAAGUCAAAAUAUGAACUGCUCUUACGUCGACGGUCAGUUGAUAGACGUCAGCGGAUGCGAAGGAGGUGAUGACUGGUGCUCGAGGCAAGAUUACAAUUGCACCGAAUUGCAGGUCUGUCAGAGGACAUCGCUGACCCUAACGUGCGCCUGCAUUAAUCGAGAUGGACACGCCCUAACGGAGAUCGAUUAUGACCUGAGAAGCACAAGCAGUUACGACAACCCGUCGGUGAUAAGACGCUGUGAGAAUGUGAGCGAGUAUUUUAUUUGCGUCUCGGUCUCCGGCUAUGACCUCGUCAUCGACAACGAGUUCUGUGAGGAACUGAAGAAACAUAACUGCACAGACAUGGAAAUCUGCAGGAACACUGUGGGAGGCUACGAAUGUCCUUGCAAGGAGGGAUACAUCCUAAACAACGAUACUCAGAUAUGCGACGAUAUCGACGAGUGCUCGACUGACUACAUGAACUGUCCGGAGGGGGAGGCCCAAGUCUGUAAGACAAGUAACGGCACCAUCCUGUGCGAGUGUCACCAAGGGGAGGCUAUCGUGUGUGAAGGCAAUUGUACCGGAGGAUGCACUGGCAUAAAGGUGUGCUCUGAAAACGUGUGCACCUGCUUCACAGGAUUCUUUCUAAACAGCGACAACAAACCGUGCAAAGGUGGGGGAUGUGGCGAAAUGAUUCACGAUUGCACCGAGAUGGAGAACUGCGUAAACACGAUCGGAAGCUACAACUGCACAUGCAUGGACGGCUACGUCAGGGACGACAUCGUGAACGGAACUUGCAAAGACGUGGAUGAAUGUGCAGAGAGGACAGACAAAUGCAACCACCUGUGUAUGAACGAGGUUGGCAACUAUUCCUGCUCAUGUGUGGAAGGUUACUCACUGAGUGGGGACGGGUACACCUGCUUUAUGCGAAUGGGUCUCCAUGAGGCCUACAUGGCGUUGUCUCAGGAGGACGCACUCGAUCAACCGGUCGACAUGACAAUGUCGAUGAACGGGGUGGCAUGGUGGCUGUUCCCGCUAGGGAUGAUCUGCGGCUUUGUCGUCAUCGCUCUCACGGCCAUUGGAAGGGCAAAGUCUGCACGAUUUCGACGAGGGACGGACGUACCCUUGAACGCUUUCCGCUCCCUUGGUGGACGUGUGGCAACCUCGGCGUCUGGGCUCCGUAGCCGCUUGUCCAGUCGCGGCGGGAAUCGAGAGUCCAACGUGUACAUGAGUGCUCCUUCACAGCAGCGGGACACCAACGAUGGAGACCAGAUGGGCGGCGACGCCAUAUACACGCCCAACACCGUAGGCCAGAUGUGAUUUGGCGGGCUGUGGCUUCGAUGUGCGACGGUACGGUUUCGUCUUUCAAUAACACUGGAAUUGGUACGUAGCUUAGUUCUACAAGCCCGCACUUUUUCAACUAAUGUUACAACCAGAUGCAAUGUAAGGCGCACAUGCUUUCGCACGUUAGAUGAUAUCUAUGGCAGUAAGACCGCUUGUCUGUUCAUUAUGUUUGCUAGUUUCUCUUCUAAACUAGUGACACUUACAAUGUAGUACACAGAUAAUUUAUGUAGUUACACAGGCAAUUUACGUACGAAAAAAAACCGCAGUCUAUGAAACGAUGUGCUCUUUUAAUGUUUAUAACGAGGCAUGCGAUUUAACAAAACACCUAAUAACGUUUGUGUUGUCUUUAUGUGUCUUACGUAAUAUUGUGAAAUGACAAUUAAUUGGUUCCUUUGUCCCGAUGAGACACAUGGAUGUACAGUCCUAUUCACGUAUGUGCAUUUUGACUGAGAAUUAGACAUGCUACAUUUGCAAUUUUAUACAGAUUUAUCAUAAUACUCAUGAUGACUUUCUUGUAAUGGUACUGCAUGUGCAUUAUACUUUUGGUGUGCUGUUAUUUGGGAUUUUGAUGUAGGUUUAGAAAAUAUUUUACCAGUUAACGCAAAUACCAAACAAAUUACGAAAACAUGAUAACUAAGGACAUAAAAUGAAGUUAACACAGAAUUUGGAGAGAUGUUCUUUCUGGUUUAACGAAUGAAAUGGGCACGAGGCCAUCUUUUGAAAACAUUAUAAUACGGUUGGACAAUUCUUGAAACAAAACCGCAACAUAAAAGUAAACAUUUCAAAUAAUCCAUUAUUUUUCUGCGUCACACCUGUUUUGUUUAUUUUUGUUUAUUUGAUAGCCCCAACGUAGAAUAUUAAAUGUUGGUUAAUCCUUGAAACCCGAAAAAACGGGCCUCUUUAAGGUGACUGGAUGGUCGAAUGAUGGAAUCCAAGGGACCUGAAACAGCUUCAAAUAAUCAUAUUCCCUCUAAUCCUCUUCGAAAACAAACUCCAGGAUCAAGAGGUCAAAAUGCCAAUCUAACUCACUGGCCUUGAGACAUGUCAGAAUUGGAGGCUGUAGAGAAUUGGUCUCUCCAUGAAUAGGCCUAAUUGGCCAGGCGCGCAAGCUGCAAGGCACCGGAGAAAGCUUAAUACAUAGAAGCCUCGUCACCGAAGUGAGCAUAGUGCUUCUAAAUUGUGCACUUGCUGCAGCUGGACUGCUAAUCUAAUUUUGCUUGACCCUCUUCCUAGUUAAAGCCUGAGUCAGAUUUCGGAUCAUUCUGAUUCUGCGCGACAGAAGUCUGCAUUCAAAACUAAAAAACAAAAAAAAAAAAA